GCGACCGUCGCCUCAGGGGCCGUGCCUCCCUCGCCUCGCUCGGCCGGCCGCUCCGCCCGGUUCACACCGACCGCGCCUGGCGCAGGCGCAGAAACCCGGACCAGAGGCUGGUGCUCCUCGGCUGUCGCGGUGACCCCGCCCCCGGGCCCGGGAUGUGAGGCCGGUCCGGGUGUCCCCGCGGCGGGCCGGGGCGGCGAGGGGCCCGCGGGCGCCAUGGAGGGCGUGCUGUACAAGUGGACCAACUACCUGAGCGGUUGGCAGCCUCGAUGGUUCCUUCUUUGUGGGGGAAUACUGUCCUAUUAUGAUUCUCCUGAAGAUGCUUGGAAGGGUUGUAAAGGGAGCAUCCAGAUGGCAGUCUGUGAGAUUCAAGUUCAUUCGGUGGAUAACACUCGCAUGGACCUGAUCAUCCCUGGGGAACAGUAUUUCUACUUAAAAGCCAGAAGUGUGGCAGAGAGACAGCGAUGGCUGGUGGCCCUGGGGUCUGCUAAGGCCUGCCUGACAGAUAGUAGAACCCAAAAGGAAAAAGAAUUUGCAGAAAACACUGAAAACUUGAAAACCAAAAUGUCAGAACUAAGGCUGUACUGUGAUCUCCUUGUUCAGCAAGUAGAUAAAACAAAAGAAGUGGCCACAUCUGGUGUUGCUGACUCUGAGGAGGGAAUCGAUGUGGGAACUCUGCUGAAAUCAACCUGCAACACUUUCCUGAAGACCCUGGAGGAAUGCAUGCAGAUCGCAAAUGCAGCCUUCACCUCUGAGCUACUCUACCAUACACCCCCAGGAUCCCCUCAGCUAGCGGUGCUUAAGUCCAGCAAGAUGAAGCAUCCUAUCAUACCAAUUCAUAAUUCAUUGGAAAGGCAGAUGGAGUUGAACAGUUGUGAAAAUGGAUCUUUAAAUAUGGAAGUAAAUGGUGAUGAAGAAAUCCUAAUAAAAACCAAGAGUUCCUUGUAUUUGAAAUCCACAGAGGUAGAUUGCAGCAUGUCAAGCGAGGAAAACACAGAUGAUAAUGGGACAGGUGAGACACUGAAGGCAGAUGAAAAGGAAAACCUGGGGAAUCAUGAGGGUGAGCUGGCACAACCUGGAUCAAAUUCAGUCUGCUCACCAGAGUCCGUCUGGAAAGACAACGAAGAGGUUGUCCCGACUUUCUUUAGCGCCAUGAGUGCCAGCUUUAGUGACAUUGAACUUCUGGAAGACAGUGGCAUUCCCACAGAAGCAUUUUUGGCAUCUUGUUAUUCAGUGGUUCCAGUACUAGACAAACUUGGUCCUACAGUGUUUGCGCCUGUGAAAAUGGAUCUUGUUGGAAAUAUCAAGAAGGUAAAUCAGAAGUACAUAACCAACAAGGAAGAGUUCACUACCCUCCAGAAGAUAGUGCUGCAUGAGGUGGAGGCGGGUGUAGCUCAGGUUAGGAACUCAGCAACCGAAGCCCUCUUGUGGCUGAAGAGAGGUCUCAAAUUCUUAAAGGGCUUUUUGACAGAAGUGAAAAAUGGGGAAAAAGAUAUCCAGACAGCACUGAAUAACGCAUAUGGCAAAACAUUACGGCAACACCAUGGCUGGGUAGUUCGAGGGGUUUUUGCGUUGGCACUGAGGGCAGCCCCCUCUUACGAAGAUUUUGUGGCCGCACUAACCAUAAAAGAAGGUGACCACCAGAAAGAAGCUUUCAGUACUGGGAUGCAGAGGGACCUCAGCCUUUACCUCCCUGCUAUGGAAAGGCAGCUGGCCAUACUGGACACUUUAUAUGAGAUCCACGGGCUGGAGUCUGAUGAGGUGGUGUGACAGCUACUUCUUAGAACAGCACCUCCUACCUUCAGGGAAUAAAGUUUGCUAAUGUGUUGAGUUGCCCUAGUUAAUUUCCAGCAACUUUGAUGCUCUCCAACUCCUCUCCUUGAGGAGAUGAACAGGAGGAAGUGAAUCCUAGUGUUUUAUAGAAUUGUUUUGAUGAGUAUGUGUUUGGUGUGUUUAAAAAUCAAGGUGCUAAAUAUUUCAGUUCAACAGGAAACCAAAUCAUAGCUAUCACAGACUUGAAUAGCAUAAGAGCAAAACUGACAAAUGAAUUUGUUGGGAUCACAUUUUGUAUUGUUGUUUCAGUUAUUAGUUUCAAUGGACCAUCCAAAUUUAAGAAGUAUGCAGGACUAUAAUACAAAGCCAGUGUUUAAUAUAGCUUAGAAAUUGAUUGAGCAUUGGUGGGAGUACAAGCCCCUUUGUUGAAGGACUUACCAUGUAAUAGUUUGUUAUACGUAGACUGUCCUGAGUGGGUCCCUUCUCAGUGACUGCUGAUGAGAAGGGCUGGGUAGUAAAGACACAGACCUUGUGUUGUGGGAAGACACUAACAAGGACUGCCAGUAGCAUUCCUGCGUUUUAUCUGAAUUGGACAUCAUAACAACAGUGACAGUAAAGAGGAUUUCUAUCAUAUUUCAGUAGUAAAGUUUAUAAUAGGAAGGUCUGUUCACAUUCAUGAAGUAUCUUGGUUUUAUUUUUAUUUAUUUAUUUUUUUGCCUAGCUUCCUGAACGCUCUUUCAGCAAAAGAGCCAGGUAGCUUUCAAAUGUGAUCUAGAUAAGCCCUGUAUUGAAGUCACAUGAUGUGUGUGCUGUUUCAAAGAACAGAGUCCUAGACCUUAAGUGAAGAACCCACAUCUGGAGAUGAAACAGGAAUUUGCUGGCUGAUAACCUUCCCAGGCAAUACUCAAGUACACAAAGUUGAAGAGCUACACAGGUGAAUUCUAGUUUUCAGAAUUCCAACUCUUCUGCAAGAAACAAAUGAUAUAUCCCUUAGCCCCCAGAAGGAAGGGGGCCAUCAUUCAAGUAAAAUGAUUAAAUGAAGAGUGAGUAGGCCAGCCGCUUGUGUAACAUUGCUUGUGGCAUUUCUAUAAAAAGCAACAAGGUGCCCUUGUCUCCCAGUAAUGGACCAAGCUGCCUAGAGUGUGCAAAGGGGAGAAGCCAUGAGUGCCUUCCCCAGGAGAGCUACUUCCUCCUAGUAAAAAGGUCAUUCCAUCAUAAGCAGUCCCCAAAGAAAGUGAGGCCUUGGCCAGGCACAGGUGAAGAGGGGGGCUGUGUGUGCUGCUUUUGCUGCUGCACAUCCAGGAGCUCUCAGGGAAAGGCACUGGGUUUCCUCUGUCUGUAAGCAAGUGGGCAUUUACUCAGAUUAAUGAAGCAGUAGAGUUGGCUGCAUGCAAUCCCAGCUGCUCAGGAGUAUGAGGUGGACAUAUCACUUGAGCCCGGGGUAUGGAGGUUAGCCUGAGCAACAUAGCAAGAUCUUGCCUCUUAAAAAUAUUUUUAAGAAAAAAAUUUAAGUGAUGCAAGCAUUUUGCCUCCACAAGAAGUUCUGGAAGUAAGCAGGACCAGGAGGGAGGGACUGAAAUUACUGACAGUGUUCUGCUUUACGCCCACAGACCCCUCAUAUGGUUCCUCUUCCCUGACAAGUAGAAAUCUGAGGGAAGGGCUCAGACUUAGACCUCCUGACCAUGACAUAGUGACUUAAGACCAGAAAGAGAAGAGGUAGCUAAUCUACUUGUCCCUGAGAGUUGGUGUGCCAUCUAUGGGCUGUGCUACCAGGAAAAUGAUGCCAGGCAUGGCUGUGCUAAGCAGCCCCGGGUGCCUCUGCAGUUACCAGAGCCCGGGGAAGAGGGGCGCUCUGAGAACACCUUGAUCUGCACUGAGUGUGUCAGUGCACACAAAAGAAAUGGCAGUCAGCCGGGCGUUGGUGGCGCACGCCUUUAAUCCCAGCACUCGGGAGGCAGAGGCAGGCGGAUCACUGUGAGUUCGAGACCAGCCUGGUCUACCGAGCGAGUUCCAGGACAGCCUCCAAAGCCACAGAGAAACCCUGUCUCGAAAAACCAAAAAAAAAAAAAAAAAAAAAAAAAGAAAUCGGCAGUCUGAGUGUGUAGGUCCAUUCCACCUGGGUUGGGAGUUGGUUGUUUCUCCUUUUACUUACAGCCAUUGUUGUUUUGUUUUCUGAUUUCUGGUUACUUUCUAAGAAAGGGGUAAUAACAAAAGAUCCUGAAAGUGCUCCUGGGAGCCCUUCCAAGAGCUCUGGAGUCCCUCAACCACCCUCACCCUAGCAGGUGAAGAAAUAAUGUGUGUGUUAACAGAGUGCUAACCUUGUCUCCAUUGCCAACAACAGUUCUGGAUUAUUUUCCUAGCAUAGAUGUAAGGGAGAAGCUGGAGAUAGGGAAGUGUGUCUCCCUGGACACUAGCAGAAUUGCAUAAGUAGCAUUGGCUGACCCCUUACACAGCACUGCCACACCACCACUGCCUCAGUCUGCUCUCCACCCCAGCCCAUGGAGCUCAGCUCACACUGGCUGGCAUCGGUGUGUGUGUUAAACUGAACAAAGGCUUUUCAAUUGUGACAUGCCUUUUGUCUUUCGAAAAUAAAUCUGAUUAUAACUAAAACCUACUUGAGAGAUACGAAUUUAGAGGUGUGACACCUUUGAGGGUGGAAACCAGCUUGUUAACAGAGGCAGAGGUGAUUCUCAUGGCAGCUCUUGACACAGCCUGGAAGGGAUGCGGAAGGGUGCUCUGGGUGUGUAGUGGCUUGUUACUGUGUAGAAGUCAUCGUGAGCAUGACAGCAUCGCUUUCGUGUCACUUUCUUGUCUGCUAGUGAGCCUCACUAGCAGUGAACUGCCCGCCCCCUCAGCUUGCUCCAAUGACUCCUCUCUUAGCUCUUGCUUCCCCUUCUUCAGCAGCAGCCCACCUGGUUCCGGAUGAGCUUAGGGCAGAAGCCAUGCUCACAUUUGCAGCUGCAAGGUGGGAGAAGGUGGCAGCGGGAUUGCCGAGUGCCACUGGGAAGGGCACCCUCUGCCUUUGAUCGGUUCACACAGUUAGUGUGUUCAGCUCUCUCCUGCUGAGUAGUGGUUUUAGGUGAAGUGUGUGGUGGGAUUGGCAAAUUCAGUGCACUUUGUUAAGUUUGGAAGCAAGAAGUGCUGAAGAAGUUUCCCGAAAGAAAACUAGUCCGAUCGCAAAGGUCACAUAUAUGGAGAGCUUUCGGAUAAAGCAACAGAGAAGUGAGAGGAUUUGGAGCAAUACAAGAUAUAAGACAUUUUGUAUUGUCUUUCUGAAGAACGGGUUUUUGUGAAUUUCCUACUAAACUAUUAUGCCCUAGGGGAACGGGGCCCUGUUGUGUUGUUUCUGAGUUAUUGAUUCAAACCACUGCUUCUGAUUUAGUGACAGGUUUACAACAGUUCAGCUCUCCACCCUCAUGCUUCAUUUCACUACCAAACAUUUUCAGAGUUGCAGGUUUCUAGGUGUAGAAUUUCUACGUGUUGAGCCAUCCUUCAGUUCUGCAAUCUAAUGUGUUUGGCCAUAGACAGCCAGACCUGAGAUGCUCUGUGACACUGCACAAUAUACAUGCUUAUGUGCAGCAGACCCCAGAAGUUCAUAUAAAGUGCUGUAUUGAGACAUGGGUUCUACUUUCAUGUGACCCUUUGUAAUCUGCAAUUGCUUACUCAGGGCUUUCACAGUAACAGUGUGUCCAAUAGCUGUCUGAUGGUAUUUCAAGACUUAUCAUAAGAGGCUUAUAGAUGUAUAGUGUUAGUUUAGAGUUUUUUCACUGGCCCUCCCCUGUGAAUGUUCCAGUCCAACCCCAUUAGACCAUCCUGCAGAUCAUUUGCAUGGUUUCUUGAUGCACAGCUGCCUUCAAGAAAUCUAGGGCGUGAUCACUCGGUGAUGCCUCUGGUACAGGCAUUGCGUGCAUUGAUCUCUCUUCUCCAUUGUCUAUAUAUAGCCUUUACUGGAAAGGAACAAAUGCCACUACUCUGCAACGCAAGGUUUUCAGAAUUCUUGUAAAUUGUAAAUCCCUGAGUCACUUUUCAGAUUGAACAGUGUUUCUAACCAAGCUGUGUGGGGCAUAAUAUCUGGUGUAUUUAAAGUGUGGUCAGUAUCUUCCUCACCUUACUUUAUACAUACCCUUGGGCAGGGUGGUCCCCUCACCCUGUCGUGGAUGGUUCCAUCAACCCUAGCAUGGAUGACCUUAUUGCACACCUGAUCUCAUCCACCAGAACCCCGUAUAUGUGUCCACAGGUGGAGGUGGAGUCAGUGAAGAGAAGGGUGAUCUAGAUGGCAGAGGAGCCAGCUUCAUGACAUGGAUGAUGUAUGAUUCCCAUGUGUCAUGAGAAUUCACUAGAACGUCAUUCAGCAGCCCAACUACCUCAUGUAAAUUGGCUGUGGACAAUCUGUGUUAGGUGAGAAAUGUGUUCAGAGAAAUUUAUUCUGGUCAAUAAACUGAACAGUGUGGUGUCUCUGUGAAGAACAAACAAGUUACCAGAUGCCAAAGGCUAACGUAUACCUAGGUUCUCUUGGGUUCUUUUCUACAUUAACAUUUAAUUCCACAGUCUGUGCCCUCAUGAGUGUCUGUAGUUUUGUAGAGCCACAUGCUCUGAGUAACUGUCACGGAGUCCUGUGUCACCUCCUCUUGUCUCAGUAUUUUGAAUGAACAUCAUAAUGCUGAUGGGAAGCGAGUUAAACUACAAAAGCGUCAAACAACUGUGGCUUCUUAAUUUAAUGGACCUUUAUUUAGAAAUGUAUCGGAGCCUUUUAGGACCAGUUGUUGAGUGGAAAUUUUGUAUGCAAAUGUGUCUGCUUCUCUGUCCAAGUUGUUAUUCUGUAUUUCAUGGGAAGUGGGGCAGGGGAGGGUUUUACUUCCUUUGGAGAAUGUUUGAAAACAUCUGUCAGAUUUUUAUAUUCAUUAGUUUAAAAUAAACAUAUUUUUAGAGUA